GGUCCCCAGCACGCGCCGAGGCCGGGCGUGUUUCUCCGUCCUCUCCCUUAGCGCUCGCCCCUCACCCUCGCUUCGUCCGCGUUGCUGCAAGUGGCGAGAUCAUGCCCGUCCGUCUGUCUGCUGCUGCUUUCGCCGCCUACCUGCAGGUGGAAACACGUCUCCAUGUUUCAGUGAUUGUAGAUAACGCGGGAUGCAGCAGGAUAUGCGUGGGCUGCUCCGUUGUCCUCUCUCCUGUUUCAGGCCUCAGUUCAAUGGCAGUAGCCUUACAGUUUGUGGAUCUAAUUGGAUGAUUUUCUGCUUCUGCUAGAAUCUGACUGCCUGGCUCCUGCCUGCCUUCUGGGGACCCCAGGGCAACAGGCGAUGGCAGCUUUGCAUCUGCCUGCCCUGGCCCAGGCCAAGGUGACCUUCCAAGACGUGGCCGUGCUCCUCUCCCGGGAGGAGUGGGAGCUCCUGGGUCCUGGGCAGCGGGGCCUCUACAGGGACGUGAUGCUGGAGACCUACGGAAACCUGGUUUCGCUGGGAGGUGGACCUGCAGUCUCCAAGCCUGCGGUGAUUACACAGUUGGAGCGAGAGGACGAGCCGUGGGUCCUGGACACGCAGGAUGCCAAGGGGAGAAAACAGCUGACAGUUGAUGGCGCAGCUCAUAAGACCAAAACUGAGUACAAGGAGUUGACUUCAGGGGAGAUGCUUGAUGUGGAACUGGAUGAACUCAGGAGGACUGUUCCCCAGAGAUCUGGGCUGAGAGAAACCUGUAAGCAUGUCAGGGAGCAAGAGGAGAACCUGGACAAGCCAGUAGAGCAGAGCAGUCCCAGGCCAGUCACAAUGACCAACAAGAACUGCCAGUUGUCUGGGGGAAGCCUCAGAUUGGGGUCAAGUCCCUUCGCUGAUCAAAGACCUCACAGUUGUGGUAUAUGUGAGGACAGUUUUGAAGAGAGGUCAUAUCUUAAUAAGCAUAAGCAUGCACAAAGAUCAAGAAAACCAAAUAAAGUUCAUGAUUCUGGAGAACUCUUCAGUGCAAAUUUAGUUGUUAAAGAAGACCAGAAAGUUCUUACUGAGAAAAAAUUGCAUUAUUGUGGUUACUGUGGAAAAGCCUUCAGGUAUAUUGCUAACCUUUUCAAGCACCAGCAGCUUCACAAUGAAGAGAAGCCCCAUAAGUGUGAUGAGUGUGGGAAGACUUUCAAUCAGAGCUGUGAGUUCAUCAGUCACAAAAGGAUGCACUCGGGGGAGAUCCCAUACCAGUGCAGAGAGUGUGGGAAGACAUUUAGUCAGAGACCCAACCUCAUGAAACAUCAGAGGAUUCAUACCGGGGAGAAUCCAUACAAGUGUAGUGAGUGUGGGAAACACUUCAGUGCCUACUCUUCUCUUAUUUAUCAUCAGAGAAUCCACACUGGAGAGAAACCCUAUAAAUGCAAUGAUUGUGGGAAAGCCUUCAGUGACAGCUCAAUCCUUAACCGACAUCGACGGACUCAUACUGGGGAGAAGUCCUACAAGUGUGGUGAGUGUGAGAAAUACUUCAGUGCCUACUCUUCUUUUAUUUAUCAUCAGAGAAUUCACACUGGAGAGAAACCCUAUAAGUGCAAAGAUUGUGGUAAAGCCUUCAGUGAUGGGUCAAUCCUUAUUCGACAUCGUCGUACUCACACUGGAGAGAAGCCAUUUGAGUGUAAAGAAUGUGGCAAAGGCUUUACCCAAAGUUCUAACCUUAUCCAACAUCAAAGAAUUCACACUGGAGAAAAACCCUAUAAAUGUAAUGAGUGUGAGAAAGCUUUCAUCCAAAAAACCAAACUUGUUGAACAUCAGAGAAGCCACACUGGAGAAAAGCCCUAUGAAUGUAGUGACUGUGGGAAAGUGUUCAGCCAGAGCACACACCUCAUCCAGCAUCAGAGGAUCCACACAGGAGAGAAGCCCUACAAGUGCAAUGAAUGUGGGAAGGCCUUCCAUAACAGUUCCAGACUGAUUCACCACCAAAGGUCACACCAUGGAGACAAGCCAUAUAAAUGCAGUGAUUGCAAGAAAUCCUUUAGCCAGGGCACUUACCUCAUCCAACACCAGAGGAUCCACACUGGGGAGAAACCUUACAAGUGUAGUGAGUGUGGGAAGGCCUUCCGGCACAGCUCUAAUAUGUGCCAGCAUCAGAGAAUUCACCUCCGGGAAUCUUCUAUGUAAUGGGAGCAGAGAGCCCAUGAGUCUUUCUUCCACACUCUUUUAUUGUCACAGAGGGAAAGGACAUUUCUGGCUAACUGAAAAAUAACAAACCAAAAGCACGUAACUACUUUAGAGAAACUGAGAAGGUGAACAAAAAAGAGAAGCUCCUGCAACCGUACCACGUAGGGAGUUUAUCAGUGCUGACUGAGCGUGGUCCAGACACGCCACGUGUUGUUACUGCUUCACAGCAACUAGGGUCUUCACAGUAGCUGUUUCCUCAUAAAAUUCUCCCUGGAGAGAAUUCCACAUACUUAAACAUUUUUACAUGUUGUGUAUCUUUUUUUUUGUUUUAAAUAGGUUGUGUAUCUUGAAAAAUUAACAUUCAUGCCUUUCUGUGUUAUUUAAUAGUGACGAUAAUUUUUUAUUGAUGUAAACUAUGUGUAACAGAACGUAACAUUUCAACCAUUUUUUUUUAAAGAUUUAUUUAUUAUACAAGAUCCAGGGUACAGGCCAGAUUUGUGGGAGGGUAAGAGGAUUCACCAGAGCCAGAGCGGGGAACAGAACAGGCAGAUUGACGAAAUACACUGCUGAGGGGAGCAGCGGGCGCGACAGGAGAUGUCUGGCGUGCCAUGUGGGACCCUUGCUGUCCGGCUGGGAAUAAACCAGCACUGCAGAGGCUGUGGACAGCUUCACAGAGCUCAACCACCUGCACCACCAGGGGAGGCCCCACAUUUCAACCAUUUUUUUUUUUUAAAGAUUAUUUAUACAAACACUGGGUACAGCCAGAAGCACGGGAGGGUGAGAGAAUUCACCAGAGCCAGAGCGGGGAACAGAACAGGAAGACUGACAAAAUAUACUGCUGAGGGGAGCAGCGGGCGGCAGGAGAGGUCUGCGCGCCAUGUGGGACCCUUGCUGGUAGCCAGGGAUGGAACCGGCGCUGCAGAGGCUGCGGGCAGCUUCGCAGCCCAGCGCUCAACCACUGUGCCACCGGGGAGGCCCCAUUUCAACCAUUUUUAAGUGUACAAUUCAGUGACAUGGACUGCAUCCUCAAUGUUGUGUAACCAUCACUACUAUUUCCAGAAAUACUUUAUUACUCCAAGCAAAAGGAUAAAAAAUAUAUUCCAUACAAAUAAUAACCAGAAUUGCUGAAGUGGUUCUGUUAUUAGUAAAUGUGAUAAAAAAAAAGAAGAGACGAUGUUAUUGAUCCAAGGUUUGACAAAGCCAAAGCCCUGCGGCAGUUACACACAGCAGAGCCCCGCAGGCAGGUCAGUUGCUCAUAUACGGGAGGGUUUGCUCUGGACUCAGUUCCAUUGUUCUACGUGUCUCUUCUGUGCCUGUACCACAUGAGUUCUAAUUACUGUAGCUUUGUAGUAAGUUCUGAAAUCCGUAAUUGUGAGCCUUCCAACAUUCUUUUUUUUUUUUUUUUAAAUAGAGGCAUGUUUUAUUUAUUUGUUUGUUUGUUUGUUUUGUUUAUACAUGCACUGGGUA